AUAAACAACUAAACUUCUUCAGUUCGGUAGUCCAUUGGUGACUCCUGCCAUUCUCUGGCUUACCACAUGAUUCCAGAGCUAGAGAAUGCUCGAGUAACUGAGUUACAGGUCCGAAUGGACUGCCAUGGCUGCGCGAAGAGAAUCAGGAAGGCAACGCGCGGCGUCGACGGUGUCUAUGAUGUCUACGUCGACUUCGAUCAGCAGAAAUUGACCGUAAUUGGAAGGGCUGAUAUCGAAAAAAUAGUCAAGGCCAUUAGGAGGACAAGGAGGAAAGCUACCGUAUGUUCCCAAAAGGAACCAAGUGAGCCAAAUGGUUCGGAACCACCACCAUCAACAGAACAACCAGCACCAGAAGCUGCCGCCAACCAACCUCCAAAUGAAGCUCCACCACCAUCAGAGCCUCCCAAAGACACACCACCCCAGGAAAGCCCAAGCCCUGAAGAGAAGCCAUCCUCUGAAGCCAAGGAAGUUGACCCAUCCAAAGCCAAGGAUGCCGAGGAGAUCCACAUGAUCCAUCUCUAUCCGCAUGGCUAUGUCUAUAAAGCACACUGGAAUCAAUACCCUUUAAGUGAUCAACAUGCAGUCCCUUACUUCAUUGGUCAUGGCUAUAACAGCUACCAGUUGCCUUAUUAUGGGCAAGAAGCCUAUGGCAGGGACUACUAUCACAGGCGAGGAGGUGGAGUUGAUGCCAACGAGAUUACCUCCAUGUUUGAUGAUGAGAAUCCAACUGCAUGUACAAUAGUAUAGGAAAAUAGAGGUCAUGUACACAAUAGGAUGCUUUCUUUAGCCUUGAAGAGUAGUAGGAAGUGGGAAGCUAGUGAUGAUAGAGAGUAGAAGUAGGAUUGUGAGAAUGAAGCGAAGAGAAUGAGAUGCUGAGCUUGGUCGGGGAAAACGUAAUUUUGCCUGGUGGAUAGUACUAGGCUACUAGUUUAUUGCUUAACUUGUCAUUUGUUGUAAUUGUUUUUGGCUACAAAGCAAGCACUCUUCAAAGAAAAAAAUAAUUUGUGGCUUGAGCAAGGAGCAUCCACAAGUUUUGAUCA